AUGCCAGACACACUCAAUGAUACCCUCCAAGCUCUGCCUGAGGAGCCAAGCUACCCAGGACGCACCCAGGACCUGGGAGAGAUACACAGUAGAGUGCAACAAGUCGUCAUUACUGAUAUUUGCGCAACUAAUCUUACUAUUGGUCUCCGGCGCAUCCCCGCUGACUUGCAUGUGGUGGUAAAGACCGACAGUGCUGAAUGUCAGACGAGCAACAAACCCGUACACGUAUAUGAGGCUGUCGUCGAAUGGACCGAGUCCAUACUUCUGCCGUGCGAGCCAUCUUCUAUAGUUCGAGUCAGCGUGCAUGCCUCAUUUGAAUUGGGUCCGAUGCUCGGUCAAGGAGAAGUCCUCCGCGCAUUUGAGAUUUCCGUUGGAGAAUUACUGGAUCAUAGCGAAAAUUCACGUGCCAUAAUCUUUCAGCUCAAGCAAGGCGAAGUCGUAUCCCCGUGUACAUCACUGUUCAUGACACUGGAGCAGCGACUUUCUGAUGAAAACGACGCCGCAGUUCUUUGCCCCGUGACUACUUCUCCAGUCAAGUCAAUUGAAUUCUUUCACUCAUUACACUCAGAUGUCUACUAG